AUGUCUGUAACUGAGGGGAUGGAUGAAUUUGAACAAACAAUUUCAAGUGGUAGCAAAAGAAGUAGGAGUAGGACUUCUGAAGUGUGGAAUGAUUUCGAAAUAUUACCUUUAUAUGAAGAUGGCCAUCGAAAAGUCAAGUGCAGAAAAUGUACUAAUAUUUUAAUGGCAGAUAAGGAGAAUGGGACUAGUAAUUUACGCUGUCAUGCUAAGAAAUGUCAUCAAGAAAAUGAUAGUGUGCCUUGCCGUCCUCCCCUUGAUCAAGAUAUGUAUUGUGAAAAGAUUGCAAUGGCAAUUAUUAGACAUAAUUACUCAUUUUCAUUUGCAGAGCAUAAGGUUAAUAGAGAGCUUCAUAUCUUUCUAAAUCCCGAUGUUAAGCCAAUAUGUAGGAAUACAGCAAAGUCAGAUGUUCUAAAAAUCUAUAAGAAAGAAAGAGAAAAUCUCAAACGUGCUUUAGAGUUAGUCCCGGGCAAGAUUUGCUUAACAUCAGAUUUGUGGAAAUCUUCCACAACGAAUGAGUACAUGGUUCUCACUGCACACUACAUUGAUGCAAAUUGGGAGUUGCAAAUAAGGGUUUUAUGUUUUUCUCAUACGCCACCUCCUCGUAGUGGUUUGAAAAUUAUAGAGCAUGCUGUGCACAACAUACGUGAAAGUGUUAAAUAUGUGAGAGGCAAUGAUAUGAGGAAGUUAAGAUUUGCCAAAUGUCUUCAAGAACUCCCUAAUUUAACUAGUAAGAAAGUGCGACAAGAUGUGCCAACAAGAUGGAACUCGACAUAUUUAAUGAUUGAGACAGCUCUUACAUUUCGGGAUGCAUUUCACAAUUUGAGUAUUGUUGAUGGAAGCUUUUGCACUUGUCCCUUAGAUGAUGAAUGGGAUAAGGCUGAGAAGAUAGCAAAAUUUUUGAAGCCAUUUUAUGACAUCACCACUCUCUUUUCAGGCACUCAAUACCCUACUGCCAACUUAUACUUUCAUGGUGUAUGGAAAAUUCAUUUGCGUAUUUUAGAAGAGAUGGAAGAUGAAGAUGUAGUAAUUAGUAACAUGGCAAAAAGCAUGAAAGAAAAAUUUGAUAAAUACUGGGAUUGUUACAGCAUUGUGCUAUCAUUUGCUGUAAUUUUAAAUCCUUAG